UCCUACAUUGACGAAAUUGAGUCAAACGCUGAUCCGGCCCAAACUUGUCGUCUGACUAAUGUCGCCAAAGACUGCAAUUCCAACUUCAUCAUCUGGAAGCACUCUGGCCCUGGGUGUCUUUAUCAUUCGAAUCUCUCUUCAGCGGCUUCAGGGCAUACUCUAAGCAGUCAACUAAUUGUACACGAAUUAGAUCAUACGGUACGCCGGCUAGCAUCUGCUGCAACACACCAGUCUGCAAGCUUAAUCCAUUUACCGGUUUGGGCCCGGCCAACACUCCCUACUCCAACUCCAGUCAGUACGGCAGCAACUGCUUUUGCUCAAGGGGUUGUCAGCGGCCUCAUCGAUGAGGCUGUUUCUGGAGUCGAUGCAGUUACCAAAGAGACCAAAGACAAGGUCGAGGUUGUCUCGGAUGUUGUGGAUCAGCAUGCACAAGCAGUACAGGUAUAA